AUGGAGGUAUGGAUUCUCUUGACCGAAGAUCAAAGCGGCAGAUUGCUAAAUCUUGCAGGUGCUUUCAUCCUUGGAUACGCUGGCAUGGUCUCAGCCGACCAGAUCGAUGACUGUUUGGAAAGAGGGUGGAUUGUAGUCGCGCUCGAGCAUCGACUGUGUCCGCAAGUUGAUAUCUUUGAGGGCCCAGUUGCAGAUUGUCGCGACGCCUUGGAGUGGGUCUACAGCGGCGGCCUUGAUAAAGAGCUCCAUGCCCAUCAAGACAGUUCGACGUACGCAGUCGAUGAUGACCGUGUUGUGGCCUUUGGGACAUCCUCCGGAGGUUUGCUGGCUCUCGCUCUGGGGUUCAGUGUUAAGAGGCCGGUUGCUGCAGUUCUGGACCUCUACGGUGCUACAAAUUUUCGUGACGCUUUCUGGUCUAAACCUCUUCCUUCCAUAAAACCACCGGAUUGUCCGCGCGAGUUCAUCAACGAGGUAUACCAAGAGCGACCCGUUCCAAUUCGAGGCGGCGUUUCACUGGAAGGCCAGGCAAACGACGACAAGCCUCCACCUCUUCAACCGCGCGCCGCAUUUGCCCUUACACACAUCGCCAAUGGCACGUUGAUGGAUGUUUGCUUCCCUUCGAAAGAGUGGAAAAAGAUUGAUGCAACUCUAAAUGUUACGGAGAAAUUUCCACCCACUUGCAUCGUGCAUGGCAUUGACGAUGUCAUGGUACCGAUUUUUCUGAGCAAGGCCUUGUUUCGGGCCUUGCAGGAUGCCGGCGCCAAGUCUGAGUUUAUCGAAGUCCCAGACGAAGGUCACACUUUUGUCGGCAAGAUGAAGAAAGGGUUUCGGACUUGGGACCUGCAGCGCAAGGGUUUCGAUUUUUUGGAGCAUGUGAUCGGCACUAGUGACACACAUAUUAAGAAUACAACAGCCUACUGGCGGUACCGAAAUUUGUGA